GGGCAGCUCAACUGGUUUUUUGAUCACUUCCCGCUUGUUCGAAGAAUCCGAAGUUGUAAGACUUAGAAUCCAGAGCUAUAAAUAGCCCAUGCAUGUUAUGAGUUAAUCCCAUCACUGCAUGUGAAACUACACUAAAGCCUUCCUGCCCUUCUUGUUUGUUUCCGUGUAUUGGCAAUGAUUCUUGUGACAGCUGUCACUUGGCAAAAUGAAGUGGUCCAUGCCUAGAUGACAAGGAGACCUGAUCUCGAACUAUGCGCGAUCCAAAAUUAGCGACUGACGAUUGAUCGAUGGGCUCAGUCGUAGCCAUGUGGUUCCGAGCUGGUGGGUUUCCAUACUGGACGGCUGCCGAGCUUGGGUUUGGUUGCCAGAGGACAAAUCAUCACCAAGGCUAUGCUCCUAGUUUAGUAUGUGGUAGUUUUGGGUACCCAAGCUCUCGCAGGUUUCUUGCUCACGUGCGGAAAGGGCAUAGUAGUUCAGAAACAAACGAGGACGGGAACGGAUAUCGCUGGAGUAGCCCCCUUGAACCAGAACAGUUUUAUUGUCAUGUAAGAUGGAAGUUCCUCAGCCCAAGGAUACUGUCGCUUCUCAAGCUCAAAAUCAUGCCGCCCCGCUAUGAUAUCGAAUACCAAUCCCAAGGACACGGAACCGCUGGGGCAUCUCGGCUGAACAGUAUCUUGGUUGAGCCUUGGGCCAUCUGUGGCAACAGCGAACAUUGCACAGUGGUGGUACACACAUAUGGACUGGAGACGCUAUGGUGAGUAACGAGGACAGAAUCUCUUGCCUCUGAGAAUCCCAGUCUUGUGUUCGUCUGCGAAAUUAUCAAGAAAAAAAAUUGAGCACCAAGGUAAUAAAACUGUUUCACAUUCAGCUGUUGCCAAAUGAG